AUGUUCCGAGCGCAGUGCGCUUGCAACGACCGAUCCUUGCGUAUUUUGAUAAAGAUUUUAUCAUCCAACACGGCAUACACUGAAUACUUGAUCGUAAGUAGUAGCCAAGUAGGAGAGGUAUCGUACGGUGAGCAGUGGUUAAACUUUGAAGAUUACAAGAUGAAACAUUUUGCUUUCUGGAAAGUCAUAGCGCCUAAAAACGAAGCACAAAAUGUAGAAUGGAGAAAAGGAUCCUGCACUUGCCCACAGUUUCAUAAAAAAUACGUUUGUAAACACCUUCUAGGGCUCGCUAUUAGAUUGAAGCUCGCGACUCCACCUAUGGAAGCGAAAGCACUACCUAUAGGACAAAAAAGGAAACGGGGUCGUCCUACUAAAUCCAGACCUGCUCUUAAAAUACAAUGA